ACCCUUCCUGUCCCACCCUUGAUCGCUUCCCUGUCCUGCGCAGAAGAUCAGGAAGGUGCCAAGGUUUGGCUUCGCGUAUUCGAAGACGGCAAAACCGUCCCGAAAAAUUUAGUCGAACUUACUUUCUCUCGCAGUUCUGGUCACGGAGGGCAGGUGCAUUCAUGUUGCCUAACGGUUUCUGUGCGCGGCUGUCGUGUAGACGCACCUCGGAUAACGAUAUGGGCGCACGAGAGUCUCGUGAGGACUCUGUACUAUGUCAGAACAUCGCAUUCUUUACUGGUUUCAUCUAGCGCGUCUCGUUCGCAAGCACGAAACAUUGGUGAUUCCUUUGGAAAAGUC